UUUAAAUGAAGUAACAGAGGCAGGUUCAGUCGUUUGCCAGUGGCCAGGGGGGUGGGCUGUGCCAUGGGCUCCAGUUCCCUCCCCCUUUCCCUCUAAGGAUCCAUAAGGAGCCUGUCUAUGCAUGGCCCUACGGCCAGCAGAUGGCUCAGUCUGGCCUCAACACCCUGCCCCAGAGAGUCCUCCGGAAGGAGCCUGUCACCCCAUCUGCACUUGUCCUCAUGAGCUGCUCCAAUGCCCAGCCCACAGUGCCCCUGUCCAGAAGGUGGUGGAGAACAGCAGUGGGACCCCCAGCUUCUCAAUCUGUUCCUUCCCAAUUGACGACUUUGAGAUUGGGCGUCCUCUGGGCAAAGGCAAGUUUGGAAAUGUGUACUGGGCUUGGGAGAAGAAAAGCCAUUUCAUCGUGGCACUCCAAGUCCUCUUCAAGUCUCAGAUAGAGAAGGAGGGUGCGGAGCACCAGCUGCGCAGGGAGACUGAAACCCAGGCCCAUCUGCAGCAUCCCAACAUCUUGCGUCUCUAUAGCUACUUCUAUGACCGGCAAAGGAUCUACUUGAUUCUGGAGUAUGCCUCCCAGUGGGAGCUCUAUAAGAACCUGCAGAAAAGCCGCACUUUUGACGAGAAGCGAACAGCCACGAUCAUGGAGGAGCUGGCAGAUGCUCUGAUAUACUGCCACGGGAAGAAGGUGAUUCACAGAGAUGUAAAGCCAGAGAAUCUGCUCUUGGGGCUCCAGGGAGAGCCGAAGAUUGCCGACUUCGGCUGGUCUGUGCACGCCCCCUCCCUGAGGAGGAAGACGAUGUGUGGCACUCUGGACUACAUGCCCCCAGAGAUGAUUGAGGGGCGCAUGCACAACGAGAAGGUGGAUCUGUGGUGCAUCAGAGUGCUCUGCUACGAGCUGCUGGUGGGAACGCCCCCCUUCAAGAGUGCUUCCCAAAACAAGACGCAACGGUGCAUCGUCAAGGUGGACCUGAGGUUCCCCCCUUCCAUGCCCGCAGGAGCCCAGGAGCUCAUCUCCAAGCUGCUCAAGCAUAACCUCUCAGAACGCCUACCGCUGGCCCAGGUCUCAGCCCACCCUUGGGUUCGGGCCCACUCUCGGAGGGUGCUGUUUCCCUCUGCCCUUCAGUCUGUCCCCUGAAUUGUCCCUGUCAUUUUCUCAGUUGUGUCUGUAUGUCUGCAUAUGUGUAGUUAGGAGGAGGGGAUCCUGGCCUGUUCCCACAUCUAU